AUGCCAAACCACAGUACGACACCAGAAAACUGCUUCCCCUGCAUGAACCCAAAGAGCGGCACCGACAGCGACAGCAAUAGCCUUGAUAGAUACUUUGGAGGUGAAUUUUUGAGCAUAUCAGAAAGUUUCGGCGACGCUACUGAUUCUGACUACGAUGGUGACGAUGAAGAUGACAAGGGUGACGACGAAAGUGACGACGAAAUGCUAUCGGACGAAAUGCUGUUCGACAACGGCAGUUCUGUGUCGGCACGUAGACUGACAAAUCUAUCCACGGUCCGAAGCAACCCAGAAAGCGUCGCCAAGCUCAGAAACACACAUGUUGCAGUCAGCCUUUACGAUGUUGUUAGCCCCUCCAUCUUACGGUAA